AGCAUGUCCAGCUUUCUGCCUUCACUUCAGUCAUUAGCCAAGGGAGCCGCCGCUACAGCUGCCGGCCUCUCGACCGUCGGCUUCAGCCUCUUGUACUAUGGCCAGAACUACCUCAUAUAUCCCUCAGCCUUCCCACCAGGCUCGCGCACAGAGGUGCCGACACCAGACCAGUUCGGACUGAGCUAUGAGAAGCUCGAGCUAGUUGCUCAGGAUGGCGUCAAGCUUCAUUGUUACCUCUUGCAGCAGACCAAGGACCUCCCACAGCCAGAGACGGUGGCUGUGCUCGGCGCUGAGGGCAUGGAUGAUAAUGAGUUUGCCGCAUCGCGUCCAACCGUAAUCAUGUUCCACGGUAACGGCGGGAAUCUUGGACACCGUAUUCCCCUUGCGCGCAUCUUUUAUCUCAAGAUGCGCUGCAAUGUCCUCAUGAUGUGCUACCGGGGGUACGGCCUGAGUGAGGGCAGCCCAUGCGAAAAGGGCAUCAAGAUGGACUCGCAAGCCGGACUCGACUACGUCACCUCGCACCCGGCGCUCUCCACAACACCCGUCAUCCUCUACGGCCAGUCCAUCGGCGGCGCCGUCUCGAUCGACCUCGCAAGCCGGAACCCCCUCGCCGUCCGCGCGCUGAUCCUCGAGAACACCUUCCUCUCGCUCCCGCGCCUCGUGCCCACGGCGCUCCCGGUGCUCGGCCCGUUCGCGUUCCUGUGCCACCAGAAGUGGGACAGCGCCGCGAAGCUCCCGCUCGUGCCCCGGCGCGUGCCGCUGCUCAUGCUCAGCGGCGUCCUCGACGAGGUCGUCCCGCGCGAGCACAUGCUUGGCCUCUGGGAGCUCGUGCGCCGGCGCGAGGGCGCCGACGAGGCGUCGCCCACCAAGGGCGAGCCCGCCGGCGCGUGCCCCGCGCCCGAGGGCAGCCUGAGCCGGUACGUCGAGUUUGGGAACGGGACGCACAACGAUACGUGCGUCCAGCCGGGCUACUGGGCUUCGAUUGCAGAGUUUAUACAGGCUAUCGAGCAAGAGGACGCGCGCAAGGCCGGAGAGGGCCAGGCACCACAUCUCUAGGCUUGUCGCUGCGGCACCCGCCCUCGAGAUUAUAGACACAGAGGUUAUAUUCCCCUUGUACUGUACUAUGAUCACCUCCGGAGGUUUCUCAAACUUUGGCUCAUUACUACAUGGACCUGGGAAUCGCAGUUU